AUGCGGCGAGGCACAACCUCUUCUUCACCAGACCCAACGCUAGCGGGAAGCAGAAGGUCUGCAACGUCCUGCAGGGCGGCGAACGCGGCCGGGGCGUCUUCGCCAACUUUGAUUGCUGGCCCAACCCGAAGCACAUCCAGGCGCCGCACUGCUCCCUCGACGAACGGAGGUUCUGCAACAUCUGUCGCCAGCUCAACAGCGAUUGCCUGGACUAUCCCCCUUCUUAAGGCUAAGAAAUUUCGUCAGUGGGUGAAUCGAGAGUCUUCGUCGAGCGCCUCGCGUCCAAGCCUAGCGCUCCGAACGCCCGUUCGUCGACGUGGCAUGCUCUUCGACCCAUCUCGCCGCCGAGUCAACCACCUUUUCCUCUCUUCCAUCACCUUUCCCCUCCCUGCCGCCGUUCCCCCGUACGCCGGCAGUCCGUUCUUCGCCCGCCCUUAUUCCCUUCGCAAACCCCCAUUCCCCGCCUGA